AUGUUCUCCAUAUAUUAAGGUCAAGUAUUGAAUGCUCACCAAGAUUAAAAAAAAAAGUCAAUAAAUAUGAUGAAAGUACUCAUUACUUAUAAUUGUCUUUAUAAAUAUUGUCUCUAUAUAAAUUUGAUUAAUCAAUAGAUGAUUUAGUGGGUUAAACAUAUAUGCUAUAGUCUUCUACUUCGCUAAACAUCAAUAAUUAAGCCUUAGCUUUUUAAGAACUUUCAGCAGCACUUUAAUAUUUAUAAUAAGCUGUUGUUAAAACUAAUAAAAUAUGAGAAUAAUAGCAUGAAUUCAUUAGUGAUACUUAUAUUAAUCUAGGAAUAGCAAAGGUACAUGAAAAAUAAUUUUAAGAAGAUCUUUACAAUUAUUUUAGCAAGUUAGUAUAUUCAGAAAAAAAUCUAAAUGAAAUUAAAAAAAAUGAAGAUAUAAUACAUAUAUACAUUAAAUUUUGCCAAAAUAUCCAGCAAAUAUGAAGAAGUUUAAUUUGUAACAUUACAAGUUAGAAGAUAAUUGAAUACAGUUAUAGGAUUCAAACAAAAACAGCAGUAAUCAAGAGAUUUGUCAAUAACCAUUUGUAGAUUUAUUUAAGCAUGCCAAAAAUAAUAAUUAUGGAAAAUUCAAUAGUAUUUUUUUUGAAAGAAAUUAAAUUGAUACAAUCUGUUGAAGGAUAAUAAUAAAAUAAGAAAGAGCCUUUCUAAAAUUCAAACUUUAUUUAAUAAAAUACCCAAUCUAAUUUGAUUUUUUAAUUCAAAAUAUUUUUCAGCCAAAUAAGAAUAAAUAUAAUAGCAAUAGUUUUCAUCAUCGUCAUCUCAAUUGGACUCAGCUAAAAUUUCUAAUCGAUAACCUUAUAGUUCAACUCAAUAACUGGCUCCAUUUGA